AAUGAGCGCCUAUCGCGCCUAAUGUACACACAAUGGCCGGGAACAGAUUGGGCCGGUUAAGAGCACAGCUGUGCAAUGGCAACCGUGGAUGAAUGCAUAGUGUUGCAUUUUAGUCUACUUAGACAGUCUCUAUAUAAUUGACCACCUUCAGUGCACAGGUGAUUGUGGUACCGCACCAGUUCAUCAGCUCAUCCACCAACAAAAUCCUUGACGCAUCAACCACUGACGACAACUGCGAUUUAGCAGCAGCUGUGGUUUAGUCGGAUUGUAAAAGAGAACCAACAUGGUACUACGAAGCAUCAACACGGCCGGCGGCACGCUCGCCGUAGAAAUCGAAGGGGAAGGACCGCUCGUAAUCUGUUCGCCAGGGAUGGGCGACACUCGAGAUGCAUAUGCGCCAUUCGCUAAACAGCUAGUUUCGCAAGGGUAUUGCGUCGCCAGUAUGGACAUCCGAGGCCACGGCGACAGCUCGACUACGUUCACGCAAUAUGGAGAUGCUGCACAAGCCGAAGACUUCCUCACCGUCGCGAAGGAGUUAAACAAGGGACCUGCAGUGUUAGCCGGAUGCUCUUUCAGCGCUGGUGCUGCUACGAUCGCCGCUGGGAAGUCACCGGAGUCGGUUGUUGGCAUUAUUCUGCUAGGACCGUUCCUGCGCAAUCCCAUGGGAGCGGUGGGCAUGUGGUUCAUGCCGCUUCUGUUUCGAUGGCCUUGGGGCCCAACCAUGUGGCAGAUGUACGUACCUACACUCUGGCCGGGUCUCGGCGAACAAGCGAAGGAGCGGGCAGCUUCAAGCACCAAGUCGCUUACUCGUAGUGGUCGAUGGUCAGCUUUCUACCAAACCGUAUGCGGAUGCAAUCAUGACGCGGUUACCCCAUGGCUCGGCAAAGCGAAGUGUCCAGCGCUGGUUGUUAUGGGCGACAAGGACCCGGACUUCUCGAAGCCGAAGGAAGAAGCAGAAUGGGUGGCAUCCAAUUUCAGUGACGCCAAAGUUCUAAUGCUGGAGGGUGUCGGACAUGCGCCCAUGUUGGAGCGACCAGAGGCUGUGAGCAAAGCUGCGUUGGAUUUCCUUGGAAAGCUGCGUGAUCAGGUUGCGUGGAAGAGCGCGACAACUUAAGCAUUUGCCAUCACCUCAUGAAUCGGCUUUCCAGCUAUGUUUUCGAGGAAUAUGGCAGAAGGCCAAGGUAUCGCGGUGCUCCUCCACUCGCGCCAUGUAGAUAACAUCGCCGCUCAGGUCGCAAAAAAUGUCAAGUCAGAGCGCUCUCGUUCGAUGAAGGUCCUAAUGGUAGGGGACUUGACGUGAGAGCGGUGGGAGUGCAUCAAACCACAGAGGACAAGGUUCCUGUUCUACGACGCGGCGCGACCCGCC